AAUUUUAGAACGCAAAUAACUUGACACAAAUAAACAAGACUGUAUUUAGCAAGUGGCGGCGGUCAGAGUCGGACAGUAGACAGAACCUACAGGUCUGUACAAGGUGACUGUCAACCUUCCACAACUGUCGCCAUGGAGACCCCGAGCGUGCACAGGACGAUAGUUUCAGAGACCCUCGAAAAAAUGAAAAAACUUUCUGAAGAGAUAUCAAGGGAAAAUGAGAGUCCCACAGAAGAGGCACACGGAGGACACUCGCUCCGACUACAAACUGGUCUGAGAGUCACUGUUCCUACAGAGGCUGUGGAGGGCGAACUGAGGAAAAAAACUCGGAUGAAAUGCCUCAUCCUCCUUGCUGCUGUCAUCAUCAUGCCCGCGGUCGCCAUGUUUAAGGAAAUGAUGGGGCUGGCCAUCACUCAGGGCAUCGGGGUGACAGAUGACUCACGCUCCCUUGGGCCAGGGUACAAGAAUACAUACAAAAUCGUCUACGGAAUCUCGGGUAUAAUUAGCGGUGUGCUCAUCACUGUGUUCAACUACCGACCUGUGGCGGCGGCAGGGGCGGUGGUGUCAUGUCUUGGCUGUCUGGUCACAUCUUUAUUGCACACGAAGGACAAGCAAGCUAUCACCUUCUUCUACUGCAUUUUACCAGGUUUGGGCAACAACUUUCUGUACACCACGGUGGUAGUGGCGGUACUGGAAUGUUUCGGGGACAAGAGGAUGCUCAUUGUCAUCUUCACUUUUGUCGCGCAGUUCAUCAUUGAGUUCAUCCUCAUGCUUAUUUCACUACUGGACACGGAGGCUGUGCUGAGCUCGAGUUGGCGAGUCACCCUGGGCAUCAUGUGUGGCAUCUAUGGUCUGUGUCUCCUCGCCUCGUGUGCUCUGGUCCCUCUCAACUUGUACAUGAAGAACAACCCUCGUCAGAGUCUGCGCAGCCGCAUCAUGAACACCGAGAACCUGAGUGUCUUCAGGACUCCGCUACUCUACGCCAUGAGUGGUGUCUUCUUCUUCACGGGAAUAGGGCUCGAUAUUCCAUUGGAUGAGGUAGGGAGAUGAUAUGGCUUUGCGCCCCUGAUUGUGCUGGCUGCUGUCCUGUUGGCGAUGAUAAUCAGCUGCUGCUGCUUCAGAAAGUUACCAAGGGAGACAUCCAUGACCGCGAUCACAAUCCUGGGUUUCUUUAUGGGAGUUUGGACACUGUCUGUCAAAGGGUUUAAUGCUCAGACCUAUACCUGCAUCUACAGCCUUCUCUACGGCAUGGGAUAUGGUUUGCGAGAACCAAUCGCAAGAAACCUGAUUCCACUGGUGAUGGGAGACAAGUACCUGGGACUUACAGUCGGGUGCCUCAGCUUUGCGUCGGGUGUGGGUUCCAUUAUAGGGGAGAAGAGUUCAAAUGCUAUGAUAGAAGACCUGAGACGAAUAGAUGCACCAUUCUACCUGUCGGGCAUCAGUCUGAUCACAUCGUCGCUGAUGAUGCUUGUCGUCAUCAAGGUUGUUAGAAAUGCAACUCGAACUGCGUGUGAGACCAACAACGAGGAGCGAGGUGCAGUAGAUGUGACACAGCCUCCAACGACCGAGGCAAUCAGUCUACCAAGGGUAUCUGUUCACAGUGUUUGAAGAUAAACAUCACACAUCGACAAUGUCCGUGUUUCAAAGUGGAGCCUGGUACGUUUGAGAUCCCGCCGAACUUUGAACUUCUUUCACCAACUGACCGAUGACACAGUGCUUUGAGAGUUCUGGGUGUCAUUUAUAUUUAGUGAGAACAUAUUUUCACCUGCUGUAAAACUUCUUCGAUUCCAUACCAAGCUUUGAUGAAAGGAAAAUGUCUUCUUUCCUCCCCUCCCCCUGUACAAAGUCUCUGUGGAGAAUUCAGUUCUGGAUCCAAAGGUCCUUUGUGUGUUUGCAGUGUAAGGGAUCCUGUCUAGAGGUUGUCUUCAUGUCGUGUGUGUGAGGGUGGCCAGGGUUUUGGUUAAAGGCUGGGAGGACUAGGAUGGGAGGCAAAAUGAGAUGGGUACUCAUUAUAAUUGUUUGGGUUUAUUGACUUUGUUGGGCAGUGGGUUGGAGAUGAUGUGUGAGUGGAGGGGUAGGUUUAGGAGGAAGGCUAGGAUUGGUAUGAAGUUUAGUUUUAGUUUUCUAACCGAUGAUCUUAACGAUUUGUUAGAUGUCACUUUUACAUAUGUUUGUGUUUAUCAAUGGAAUAUGUGUGCAGUGGUUAAAUGGUGUAGAGUGACUUUGGCAGAUACUCACAUUCUGGAUCCAAGCUCUUGCAGCAAUAACUAAUCUCUGUGUGUAUAUGAGGAAUGGGGUAAGUGUGUGUGUGUAUGUGCGCUUGCUUACAUGUGUUUAUGUGCAA